CGGCCAGCUGGGUAAACAUGGCGUCCGGACGGGGGUCGCUUCGCGGCUCUGUGAAAAAUGCUGUAUUUUAAUUUGAAUGCGAUACAUGCUUUUUAUAAAAUGUAUCCAGCAAUGGUUCAUGAAAAUCAAGACGGAUUAUCCCAUUGACGCCGCCGCUCUUCGGUUCCUCUAGACGGACGUAGCCUUCAGCCCACCGUGGAGAUCACUGCAGGCUGAUUGCUUUGAUUUAUGCCAGCUGACUGUAUUAACUGUAUUUCACCACCACCCCAUGAAUGUUGCCUUAUAACAUGUUAGCUUCGGCUGCUUGUUCUGCCUAUUGCUGCUGAACCUCUCUAGCCGAACAGGAUGUACAGAGCGGGAUCAUUCGACAGAACAGCGAAUGGACUCUGAUCUGACAGCUCCAGUCGUGCGGUACGUGCUGUGAGGUUCUGAUGCUUUGCUUCCCCUCUUCAUUAUGAUCGGCUCACCGGACGUGGUGGCUCUGACUAGAGAAGAUGAGAAUGGGGAAGCGAACGCCGACCCCCUGGCUCUGCCCGACGAGUUCUCCGUGCCUCUGUACCCCCACGCCAACUCCAACCCCUGGGCCAAGACCUCGUACGCUAAGUUCACCAAAGACUUCAUCCUCAUCUCGGAGUUCUCGGAGCAGGUCGGCCCGCAGCCUCUGCUCACCAUCCCCGACGACCCCACGGUUUGUGGCACCUUCGACCUCAACUACUUCUCCCUGCGGAUCAUGUCGGUAGAUUACCAGGCGUCGUUCGUGGGCCACCCGCCGGGGAGCGGCUACCCGCGACUCAGCUUCGUGGAGGACUCGCGGGUGGUGCUCGGGGACUCGAAGGAAGGGGCGUUCGCCUACGUCCACCACCUCACGCUGUAUGACCUGGAGGCGCGGGGCUUCGUGCGGCCCUUCUGCAUGGCCUACGUGUCCGCGGACGAGCGGAAGAUCAUGAUGCAGUUCGAGGAGCUGAGCCAGCGCUUCUCGCAGGCGUCCGAGUGCCUGAAGACUGGCAACAGGAGAGCGUUCGCCAAGGAGCUGCAGAGGAAGCUGCAGGACCUGGAGUACACCCGCUUGGUGCUGCGGAAGGAGGAGGGGCUCCAGAGGGAGGCGGCCCCCCCGGGGAUCUACUCCUCCCAGGUGGUGGAGAAGGCCAACGAGCUGGCCAACGUGGAGAAGAGCAUCUACGAGCACCGGGACCUGCUGCGGCAGAUCAGCUCGUACCCGGGGCGCCCCCGCCGGGACCCCCAGGCCGCGCCCUGCCCCCGCUGCCUCACCGAGGGGACGCGGGGCUACGAGGACCUGCUGGAGAAGUACGCCACGCUGGACCACGCCCUGCGGCCCGACGGCCCGGGGGCCGCGGGGCGCAACGGGGAGGGGCCCGGCGAGGGGCCCGGGGAGGAGGGCGUGGGCCGCCGGGCGUCCUACACCCCCCAGCUCAUCAAGGCCAAGUCCCCCAAGUGCUUCGACAAGCGGCUGAAGACGCUGUCGGAGCUGAGCGAGAGCCGCUUCCACGCGGCGACGCUGGACCUGCUGCGCGGCACGGAGCGCCUCUUCAGCGGCGACCUCUGCUACCAGUACAGCCGGCGGCUGGACCGGGCGCUGCGCAGGAAGCAGCAGGCCACCAACUUCCUGUUUGAGGAGGACCCGGGGGAGGACGUGGGGGGCGACGGGGUGACGGCGAGGCCGGCCUGCGCUCUGAGCCACGCCGGCGACGGGCCCUGGCCCCCACGGCCCCCGCCCAUCGUGCUGUGUCCUCUGGCGCUGGAGCUGGACGCCCUGCGGCCGCCGGGGCCCCUGGACCCGGCAGCGGGGGGGGGGCCCCUGCGGCCGGGGCGGAGCCGCCCGGAGUCGUCCCCCUCGGACCGGACCCCGGAGACCUCGGAGGACACCAAGUGCAGCUUCAGCAGCGAGCGCAGCGCCGAGGGCCCCGGGAGGCCCCCGGACCGGGACCGCAGCCCGGCCAGCGCCCGGUCCGACCCCGCCGACCCCGACCUGCUCUUUGACCCCGACCUGACCCCUGAGAGGCAGAGCACCAGCGAGGGCACGGAGACCACGGGUGGGGAGGACGAGGCGGAGAACGGGGGCGACCGGACCCCCGCGUCCCCGCAGGGGGCCCCCGCCCUGCAGACGGACCUCGAGGCGGCGCUGGGGCAGAUGGACGCGGCGUGCUGCAUGGCCCAGGAUGCCUUCCUGUACGAGGGCUCCCUCGGGGACGCCGCGUCGGACGCCGGGCUGGACGGGCCGCCGGCCACCGUGGUCAGCCAGGAGCCCCAGGCCUCGCCCGCGCUGCAGGGGGCCUACGCUGUGGGCCCCCCCCAGGCGGAGCCCCCCGCCGUGGGGCUGGGGGGCGGGGCCGCGGACGACGGCUCGGACCGCACGGUCAGCGCCUCGGCGGGGUCGGACCGGGCGGGGUCGCCGCCGUGCUACGGGGGGGGCGUGACCCUGCGGCAGAGGAAGAGGGCGGGGCAGGGCGCGCUGCGCUUCGUGCGGCAGUACCCCUUCGCGCUGCAGGCGCUGUGGUGCCUGCUGAGCGGCCGCACCCUGGUGGUGCUGGGCUCCGACGAGGCCCGCGUGCGGCGGAUGGUGUCCGCCCUGGCGCUGUUCGUGCCGGGCCCCGGGCCCCGCGGGGAGAGGGUCCAAGCCUGGCUGUCCUGCACCCCCAGCCUCGCCGACCUGCACCGCUGGAAGCUCAUCGGGCUGCAGAGGCUGGCGUCGCCGCUGGGCUCCAGUGGGCUCCACUCCCUGACGCGCUACAGCCGCUACCUGUCGGUCCUGGACGCGGACCAGAAGACGCUGCGCUGCCCGCCGUACCGCGGCACGCUGCUGGCCAACAUGGCGGACCACCGCACCUCGCUGCGCCGCGGCUCCACCUACUUCCUGCACGUGCAGAGCGCCCUGGGCGGCCUGGCCUCCAAGGCCUUCCUGCUGGCCUUCACCCACCACCUGCACCUGCCCGUGGGCCCCGGCGAGGGCCCCGAGGCGGUGGAGGCCCGGCGCCGCGGCUUCCUGCAGGAGCAGCUGGGCCUGGGGCCCCAGGACGGCCAGGUGCUGCUCUACCUCAGCGGGCUCGUCACGCAGCACUACCUGGGCCCCCCCCCCGACGCCGCCCCCCCCGCCUUCUCCUUCGGCUACACCGCCAGCCUUUUGUACAAGAUCUGAUCCCCGGGGGCGGGGCCACGCCCUCACAGGCCACGCCCUCGCAGGCUACGCCCUCACAGGCCACGCCCUCACAGGCCACGACUAUCCAUAGGCUUUUAAUGGACAUGAGGGAUUUUUUUAUAGCAAGACUUUUUUGUUUUUUUUACUUGGGUUUUAGUCACUUGCUUUCAGGUUCCACUUGAUACGAGCCGAUAUGUUAUCUAAUCCACUGCUAUUCGCCCUUUGCUCUCUCUCUCUCUCUACCUCUCUCUCUCUCUCUGUCUCCCUCUCUCUGGUCUUUCUACUUUUUCCACUCUUGGAGUGAAAGGGCAUGGACACACAACACGAGACUGUGUGUGUGUGUGUGUGUGUGUGUGUGUGUGUGUGUGUGUGUGUGUGUGUGUGUGUGUGUGUGUGUGUGUGUGUGUGUGUGUGUGUGUGUGUGUGUGUGUGUGUGUGUGUGUGUCGCCCCACUUUGUUUGAAUUCAAUUGUGUUGUGAUUGAGCCUCAUGGCUCUCAUGCAGUCAUUGGACUACUGGCCAUUUCUGAAGUCGAAUGCAAUCAUUCAAAACAGUUUAAUCAAUACAGAGUGGGGAGAGCAGAGAUUGCUGAUUGCAGCUUUAAAGCGAUGUGAUCACUGUUUCCGACCCCAUAAGAUCCCUUUCUGCUGAAUGAUUGUUUGAAUGGAGCCACGGUCUCUGAAUAGAGUGAGCUCGCCUUGUUACACUGUGUCUCGUUGGGGCUCGAGGACCCGUGGAAAGGAACGUUUAAAGCCUUGGAAACUCAACUCUUCUUCAUGUGUUUUUAAGCUUUUCAUAUUUGUGGUUUCCUGUUCAUCCAUUUUACAUCACACUUUUUUUAUCCAAGCGCAACACACACGCACGUGCACACAAACAUAUCUACACACAUGCACGCACACACAAACACGAACAUACACCCACGCACGUGCACACACAAACAUAUAUAUACACACACAAGCUGAUACGUGCACACAAGAAACCUGUAAACACACUUGCACACACAAACAUAUACAAACAAGCACACAUGCGCACACACAAACAUAUAUACACAUGUACGCACGCACACACAUAAUACACACAUGCACGAGCAGUGUAAGACAACUGCUAGUUUUGUUGUGGAGGUUGUAGUUGUGGGUUUUGUGAUGAGUGUGACCUGUUUGUUGUGAUGCUGAACCGCUGCCCAUGGUUCCUUGGUGAAGAUGCAUGAGGAGUUGUGUGUUUGUGUGUUUGUGUUUGUGUGUAUGUGUGUAUGUGGUGCUUUGUGUGGAUUGGUCCCUGUCUAAUGUAAAUGUGAUAUUGCAUGCUCAGAGGAAGCCCUGUUGUCACGUGCACACGCACACGACGCCGGGUAGCUGUCGGAAUAUUCCCACCCGCCGAGCGUCGUCACGGUUACCCCAUACCCACGCAGCCUAUCGUAUGGCAGCAGAGGAGGUGCUGUGCCUGGACGCUCGGUGGUCCCGGACGCUCGGUGGUCCCGGACGCUCGGUGGUCCCGGACCCUCGGUGGUCCCGGACCCUCGGUGGUCCCGGACCCUCGGUGGUCCCGGACCCUCGGUGGUCCCGGACCGUUGUGUGUGAGCGUCGUGGAGACAGCAUGAGACCGUCUUGUUCCGCAGGGGGAAUGCAGUCAAUGUGAAACCAUAUUCUUCUGUUGUGAUGCUUCCAUUUAGGCUGACGGGACAAUAGAGGAGGUGAGAGAGUACAACUCCUGUAGUUGUUAUUUGAUAAUACAAAGAUAAUGAUGCCUGUGGGCCGUGUCUGUACAGAUACAGUUGUGUCUACACAUCCACCUACAUUUUUGGAAGGCCAACCUUUUCACAAUCAUUCCAACAUGGUCAAGCUGGGACCUUUAGAGGCCUUUUCUUUUACUGUUGUUUUUUAUUUUUUAUUUUAACAUUCAAUAACAAAUGAUGCACUGUUUUUUUUUUUGUCAGUGAAUCUUUUUUUGGGUUGGGCUGACACCCUGCGUUUGAAUCGAUGUCGGACUUUGGUUUCAGUAAGAACACUAUUUUAAUUCUUAUCUGGUGUAUUGUCUCCUUUUCCCUGGAGCUGAGAGAUCAAGAUCAUUCCUUCUUGCUACUGACCAACCAGAUACUUAAUUUAGAGAGGUUUGUCACCUUCCCAAAGUACUUUUUAAAUGUUUUCACAGUGCCAUGACCCUCCUUCACAUUCCUGUUCAAGUCCUUCCUAUUUCAUCAACAUUGUUGGAAUGCACCUUAACUCAAGCUUUAACUUUAUUUUUGCCGCACUGUAUAUCUUAAAGGGCUCACAGACUAAAGAUGGCUCUAAGGACCUCACUGGGUUCUUAUUGUGGAAUCAACCUACCACCACGAUACAGAACACAACACAUGGGCUUACGUCUGUCUUACCGCUGUGUUACGCAGUAAUGAAACAUGCCUGCACUUAUGUUAACAGACAAGUAUUUUGUCCAAUUACAUUCCUCUGUUGAAGAAAAGCUUUGAGAGAAGCUUUGUCCCGCCCCCACCUGCUUUAUGCAGACACCUACAGAACGCCAUCUGAACGCCGUUGGAUUGGUCCUUCAUGCUUUCCUAUUUCGUUUUUUACGUGGGGGGAUGUUCCAAAGUCAACUGUGUUGUCCCCUGGGUCGUCUCUAACCCUAAUAUGUAGAAUGUAAUCUGAAUAAGCCAUACCACUUUGUGCUCAAUGUUGACACUCAUUAGUCAGCAUUUAUUUGACUUUUUUUUUGUAUUACACAUGUAAAACCUUUUCAUUUAGAUGAAGGCCCUCUUUGGUUUCGACCAAUAUUGUUUUCUUGAAGAAAUUCUGUAUAUUUAUGGACGCAGUCUAGUAGUAUUGAUAUUCGUUUGUCACAUUAAAUUAUUUAUAGCCAUGGUUUGAAGUCCUGUCAGCACCUGUUAAAUUAGCAUAUCUGUUCAGUCGGCAGCUGAUGGAUCUCAUUGAUGCCAAGACCAACUUCAGAUCCUAUUAAAGAUCACCUGCUCUGCUGUA